AAACCUCAUCUGAUGGCAGAAGAUGAGCCUUCGGGGGCCGUCCUGAAGCCACCGGUGUUCGGUGUUGAUGAGACCACCCCAGAAGUCAUGCGGAGCGUCCUGCUGGAGCGGGGCUGGGACAGGUUUGAUGAGCGCCAGCGACACGUGGAAGACUGGAACUACUGGAAGGCGUCCGCGUUUCCGAUGACUGACCAUAUCAACGUCAAGCCAUGGCAGUGACUAAACCACCACCCGGGAACCACCAAGCUCACCAGGAAGGACUGUCUGGCCAAAUGCCUCAAGCACAUGAGCAGGAUGUACGGCACCCCCCUCUACGAAUUCAGGCCUCUGACGUUCGUCAUGCCCAACGACUACACCAAGUUCCUAGCAGAAUACUUUAAGGACAAGCAGAUGCCGGGCACCAAGCCUCGCUAUUGGAUUUGCAAGCCGGCAGAAUCAUCUCCUGGGAGGCGGAUAGUAAUUUUCAGUGACAUUAAGGACUUGCUCUUUGGGGAUAUGCAUAUAGUACAGAAAUAUAUCUGCAACCCUUUGCUUGUUGGCAGGUACAAAUGUGACCUCCACAUCUAUGUUUGUGUCACAAGCUUCAAGCCUUUGACCAUUUACAUGAAUCAGGAAGGUUUCCACGAAAAGUUUGACCUCAGUAAUUUGCAUAAUGAUCAUGCACCUUUGACCCACAGCAGCAUCAAUAAACCUGGGGCCUCCUAUGAGAAGAUCAAAGAAGUGAUCAGCCAUGGUUGUAAGUGGAUCCUCAGCAGGUUUUUUUCCUACCUUCAUAGUCAGAAUGUGGACGACAUGCUUUUGUGGCAGAAAAUCAACUGCAUGGUUAUUCUCACGGUUCUGGCCAUGGCUCCGUCGGUCCCCUUUGCCACCAAUUGCUUUGAGCUCUUUGGGUUUGAUAUUUUGAUUGAUGAGAACUUGAAGCCAUGGCUUUUAGAAGUCACCUACAGCCUGGCCUUGUCCUUAGACUGCUCAACGGAUGUAUUGGUGAAGAGAAAACUCAUCCACAAUCUUACUGAACUGGUUUACUUAAACAGCCUAAGAACCGAGGGAAAAGAAUGUGGUAAAGCUGCAGAAGGAAAUCCCAGUGUCUCCUUUGCUAAGGGUGGUAGAGGUAGACUCAGUCCCACCCAUGGCUCUCUUCCUUACGAGUCUGUCCUACAACUCACAGGUAGAGCACACAAGGACUGUACCGUGGAGAGAGCUGAGAAAGUUCCUGAGCACGCAUGUACCUCCGAGCUGAGAGAGGUGAUGAGCAGGCAGAAGGAUCUACUGGUGUCCACAAGACAGCCGCCCAAAACCAAGCUGAAGUCAAGGAGCAGGUGCACACCUCGAAAGGCCCUCAUUCCCUGCGUGUCCCUCCUGCACUUGCGUGCCCACGAGAGUGACAGCACCCCCCACAUCCUGUCAGACAGCAGUGAGCAGCCAGGUCCCCAAGCUGGCAACUUUGUUCUCAUUUUUCCUUUCAAUGAGGCCACUUUGGGAGCUUCCAGAAAUGGAUUAAAUGUCAAAAGAAUAAUCCAAGAGCUCCAGAAACUAAUGAAUAAGCAACAUUCUCAAGUGGAGGGAAAUAAAACUAAAAGAAGGUGA